AUGGCCAAAGUCAGCGGUACAGCUAUAGUGAAGUCCUUGUUCGCGUCCUUGCUAAACGGGGAAAGCAGCUUCGUGCCACGGAUUGCAAUCUCAGGUGUUCGCCACUCACACCACAAAGCGCACGAUCUGGUAGAGGAACACGAUCGUCAGCAUGACGUAGAAGAGGUACGCAUUCCUGUUCCGUACGGUGAGAUUGCCGGUAAAUGGUGGGGACCGCGCAAUGUACGCCCCAUCGUUGCACUUCACGGUUGGCAGGAUAAUGCGGGUACGUUCGACCGAUUAAUACCGUUACUGCCGAAGCAUAUGAGCUUCCUAGCGCUGGAUUUACCGGGCCAUGGCCUAUCGUCACGCAUUCCGGAUGGUAUGACGUACCACUCGCUCGACAACACGUUCGUAUUGUUUCACGUUAUGCGCGAGUAUCGCUGGAAGAAGCUAUCCCUUAUGGGACACUCGAUGGGUUCCAUCUUGUGCUUCCUGUUUGCGGCCACCUUUCCCGCAAAGGUAGACCUGUACAUUGGAAUCGAUGCGCUCAAACCACACAUUGCCGAUGCGGACAAGUUUCCCGGUCGGUUGGAGAAACGACUUCCACAGGCACUGCUAGCCGAUGCAAGGAAUCGUGAAAAAUCCGAACCACCAUCCUACCCGUACGAGCAGCUCAUCGAACGUCUCCAUCUCGGCACGAACAAAUCCGUUACCCGUGAGGCAGCACCGUUUCUGCUCCAUAGAAACACACGCAAAUCGACACUGCAUCCCGAUCAGUACUACUUCACACGGGAUAGCCGGCUAAAGCACAGCAUAGGCCUAGGAUGGGAUCAGGCUAUUAACUUAGAAUUUGCAAAAAGGAUCGUAUUACCAUAUCUGUUCAUCAAGGCGAAACACUCGCCGUACUAUGAAGAUAAGAAAUAUUUCAAUGAAUGUGUCGAUGUGAUAAAGCAACACAAUCCACAGUUUGAGCUAGAGUUUGUGGACAGCACGCAUCAUCUGCAUCUGACCGAACCGGAAAAGGUGGCACCGAUUAUUAAUCCAUUUUUGGAAAAGCACUGGAAGGAGGAAAGGAUUCAAUAGA